UGGGGUCAUCCCGUUGCGGCUGUCGCUGUUUUUCUUUUCUCUACAUGAGAUCAUGAGAAGUGUCAUUUUCCUUGUCUUCGAACAGAGAGAUUCUACCUAGAUCGUGUUGGCAGCUUGUACGUGCGUGUUUCUCACCUGUGUUGUUUCCUCAAGAAACGGAAUCAAUACCGUCUGUUUGACGUGCUCUUGAGUGGCGAGCGUGGUACCUGCGUGCAUACGUUGCACAUCGUGGAGUGGAUUUUGUUCGUUUCUGUGGACCUCACUGAGUGGGUGAAUAUUGGCGGCAGCUGAGUAAAUUCCUUGUUUCAAGAUGUACGGUUCGAAUCAAAGCGAGGACAACGAGCAGUAUUUGAGUACGGAAGAGGAUGAUGUAGACGGCGAUGGCGAUUCCAAGCUGCCUGGCGACAAAAAGGCCCGUGCUCAUCAUAAUUAUUUGGAGCGUCUUCGUCGAGAUCAUAUAAAAGAAAGCUUCAAAACAUUAAAACAGAGCUUGCCGAGUAUGGGCAAUGAGCGAGCAUCGAGAGCCUCAAUUCUCAACAGUGCAACUGGCUAUAUCAACCAGCUGAAGAAGAGCAAUGGUGCGCGCGCUGCCGAAAACGAUCAGAUCCGUCGCGAGAAUGAGUUACUGGAGCGCCAGCUGCGAGAAGCAGGCAUGCCAGUACCAGGAGGACUGGCUCUGCACGCCAGCAGCAUAUCGUUGAGAAGGCCAAUGGCCACAGCGCCGCACAUACCCGUAACUACAGCACACAUGCCCACCACAGCACACUUCUCUGUGCCCCUAGAGCACCAGCUUGGAGCAGCACCCCUGCCCCAAUUUCCAGCUACAUCCGUGCCAGCGGCGGCUCCACCGCCAGGAGCUUCAACCCUGCAGACGUCGGCAGUGGCAGCAUCAACGCCAACAUCAUCACAUUCAUCGCAUUCACCACUCAGCCAGGACAGUGAUGACUCGGAGGAGGCGAUAGAGCCGCAGGCGAAGCGUCAACGCCCCGCACGUCGGAAGGUACAGUCGCAGCAGGCGACGACGUCGGCGGCAUCCUAGUGAGUUUGACCGUAUUCUAGUUUUGUUGCCCGUUGUACUAUGUGUGUGUGUGUGUGUGUGUGUGCGCGCGUGCGCGCGCACUGUGUCCUUGUUGCUACUCUGCUUAGUGCUGCAACAGACUGGUGUGAGAUAUCUAGUAUGUCGUUCACUUUAUCUAAGCAUAAAGUGGGGAAAUCAUGGAUCGUGGUAUCCUAAUACCUAUAGACUACUUAGUGUUUGGUUUUGACACUGAGAACAGGAGUGUUUUGUAGUUUUUUUAUGUAGCUAGAUGCUUUCUGUACUUGUACCCUUGGCACACGUGGUGUACAGCGUACCGUUGGCUGUUCCCUGUGUUCGUGAUCUUCAUAACAGUCUCUUUUACCUAUUUAUCCUUGGAGGUGCUCCCUGUCGCUCUCCUUCUGUAUUAUAUGCGUGCGUGUGUGUUUGUGUGUGUGCCCGCGUCUCUCUCUCUCUCUCUCUCUCUCUCCCUCCCUCUCUCUCUCUCUCGCUCUCUCUCUCUCUCUCUCUCUCUCUCUCUCUCUCUCUCUCUCUCUCUCUCUCUCUCUCUCUCUCUCUCUCUCUCUCUCUCUCUCUCUCGCUCUCCCCCCCCCCCCCCUCUUUCUCAGGCUUUAGACGUUUUCUACAACUAUCCAAAAGAAUAACUAUGAAUUAAAAUUGUGAUUAGGAUCAUUCAUUAUCAGUUUAUGCAUCUGUCUUAUCUUCUCUCUACGCACCAUUGUGUUCUUUGCUUAAACAAACUAUGUUUCACGGCCAUAGUCUAGUAUCAAGUAGUGCACUCUUGACUAUUAGUACCUUCCUAAAAGGGUACGGUUCUUUUUUCUAUUCUUCUCACCUGGCCGUUUGUCUUGACUUAUUUAUGUCGGUGCCCUUUGACAGUUCCAGGGCUGAGAAACUGGUUCUAUGACCGUGUGAUUUUUAUUGUGUCGGGUACUGAGAUGGCUGGUUGUUGGUGUGUGCAUGCUAGUCUAUCACCAUGGUUGAUAUGUUGCGUUUCCAGGAGACAUGUAGAUUGCUGAUAGGA